UCAACGUGUGACUUACGACUAAAUUCCUUCUUAAUUGAUUUAUUCCCACUCGUAGACAAUGAAUUACAUUUAUUUAUUUUGUUUUUAAUAUUUUUUGCAGGAUGUUUGAUGGCAUGGCCGUAGACAACAAGCACCCAAGCCAUGAAAGCGCCGUCUCAACGGCUACAAUUUUUAAACCCCAAAAAGGGGUCUCUUUCAUGGCCCUUACCGACCUUUUGCUCCACCUCUGUUUACAAAGUCCGGUUAUUUGUUGGGGUGGCAAGGGUACAUUCCACUUACAGAGGUGAAUAUUAAUCCUUUCAGGGGAUUUUUGUUAUUUUCUUGUUUGGAGAAAAUAAUGGAAAUUCCUAGGAGUGGAGGGAAAGGCGUUUCGUGGCAAUGGAAGACUUGUAUAGGAAUUCAAGUGAGGAGAUCUUCCUGAAAUAUUUCAUGGAAAGCUCAACUGGAGUCCCAGCACCAAGCAUGGAGAUGUUGGGAUUUAAGAACCUUUCUCAGAGCUUCCGACAUGCAGAUAGUGAGGAGCUCUUCAAAUGUUGGCUCACAAACGGAGAGGACAAUGCCAACAACUCAUCAAGCAUCACAAAUCGUACUCGGCAAGCAUCGAGGAGGAUAUCCACUGAACUUGCCAGUAUUUCUGGUCAGCAACAUGUGGGUAUAUUACAAAAGAAAAGAAGCAACGAUAAUUUACAUCCACAGAGUAAUUCUCUGGCAGAUAAUAUCUCUGGAGACCUCCAUCAACAAUCAAUUAGGAAUUCUGUUGAAAAGGGAUUGCAGACUACAGAUUUAUAUUUGGCCAAGGCAUGGUUUCAUAGUUCUCAACCUAUGACAAGAAGCCAAUCUUCUGAGUUGCGGAAGAGGUACGCUGCUAUGCAGAGUGCUCAAACAACAAUGGGUAUGGAAGUUAUGCAGAAUGCUUCUUGGCAUAGCAUCAAUACAUUGAAACAAGAAUUUUCUAAUUCAAAUUGUUUCAAUGACUUUUCGACGUAUGAGAUUCCCAACCAAGUGGGCAGAUUCAUGUCUCCUUCAAAUUCAUCCUCAUCGACUUUCACCACCCCCCAAAUGGCUGAGAUAGAUAAAGUUUCUUCUGUUGUGAGUAUGCUGAAGGGUACGCUAGAAUGCAAGAAGCUUAGCAACCAGAUUGAAAAAGCUGUUAUGGAUAGCUCUAAUGGGAUUUAUCAUGGUCAUGACAUUGUUGUGAACAGUAGCUUUGAUCAAGGGCAAAACAAUCAUUUAAAUGAAAUAGCAAGUACUUUUCAAGAAGCAUCCCAUGUCCAAGUUAAGGAUUCUAGGAUUUUACUUGCAGUUGAAGAAUCCUUAGAUCUUGACAUGGAAGGUUUUGUAAAUCCCAGAAACCAAAUGCAGCUGAGCAGAGCUUCUCAAGAACCUUCCCAAAGUGAAUCUUCUGCUGCCGCACCAGUAGUUUCAUCUGGUUUAGAUGCAUGUGAUGGGCCCAGCAAGUCAAGUCAAACGAUAAGCAUUUGUGAGAGCUCAAGGAAACAAGUUGGAAAUAGUAGGAGUUCAGAAAAUGGCACUAAAGCCAAAGAAAUCAGAGAACAGAUAAUUGACACUUUGAAAGAAGAUCGAAAGAGAGGAAGUCUAGUUCGAUAUGGAUCUGUGACAUCAGCAGGCUCAGUGGACAAGGGGGACUCUACAAAAAAGCGAAGGGUGGAGCGAUCAAGAAAGAUGGCGGAGGCAAAGGAAAGGAAUUUGACACCAGCAAUUCCAUCAGAUGUGCAAUCUGUCUUGAAGCGGUGUGAAAACCUUGAAAAGGAAGUGCGGUCACUUAAACUCAACUUAUCCUUCAUGAAUAGGAAGGACUCAGAGCAAACAAAGCAGAUAGAAGAGCUUCAGAAGAAGAAUGAGGAGUUGGUGGAUGAAAAAGAGCGUCUCAGAAAGUGUCAAGAUAUGUUAAAGUGAGUUAGCUACUGUUGGAUUCUUGUCAUAUCAACCUUGGGUAAAAUAUUUUGUGAAGCAGCAAAGUUUUAAGCAACAGCUAUUUGUGAAGAUUCAAGUUAGGCGCCCACAAAUCCGAAGCCGAUUAUCUAUAGGAUAGACAAGAGCAAGCCCAGAUCUUGAUGUACCAGUAAAGAAUGAUUGGCAAGCUUGUUUGCUAAAUAUAAACGUACGCAUCUUUACAUUCCAUUCUGGGCAUUUUAUCUGGAAAAAUCUAAUCAUGAUUGUGAUCCUAAUGAGCAAUGUUAUUAAUUAUCUUGAAUUUGUCAUUUUCAGUCAUUGGUAUAUGUUGAGUGACUUGUUCAAACA